AUGGAGCCGUCCUUCAAUCUCCCCGACUCCACCGACUGGCUCGACACGCCACUGUCGCUCCUGACGCCUCUCGAAUCCUCCCUCCGCUGCCAGGUCUGCAAGGACUUUUUCGACAACCCCGUCAUUACCUCGUGCAGCCAUACGUUCUGCUCGCUGUGCAUUCGGCGCUGUCUGAGCACGGAAGGGAAAUGCCCCGCGUGUCGGAGCUCUGACCAGGAGCUCAAGUUGCGACGGAACUGGGCCGUCCAGGAGCUGGUGGAGGCGUUCCAGAACGCGAGACCGAGCGUGUUACAGUUGGCGAGGAGGGCCGCGGAUCGUGCUGGUGAUGCUGAAGAGGAGGGUGAAGAGCGGCCUGCGCCGAAGAAGCGAAAGGUUGCCGAACAGGCUGGUCCUGAAGCGAUUCCGGUAGAGCGCAGACAGACCCAAUCGCGGAGUAAAGGCGUCGACCAUGCAUCGGAACCAGUUGCGGCAGAGGUCAUUGAAGACAGCCAGGAUGAGGAAUAUGUUCCGGAUGAUGGACUGGUCGCGUGCCCUAUCUGCGCGCGGAGAAUGAAGAAUGAGGCAGUGUUUCUUCAUCUUGACAGCUGUUCGGGAGACCCAGCUCCUCCUAAAAAGACUACAUUUGGGUCUCUACAACCCAUGCCACCGGCGCGCCAGCAACCCAUAAACAAACCCGAAAGGCUUCCUGUUAUAAACUAUUCUAUCCUGAAAGAGAAUGUUCUGCGAAAAAAGCUCAAAGAUCUGGGUAUACCGAACUGGGGACCGCGACCCCUCAUACAGAGACGUCACACUGAAUGGAUGAAUUUGUGGAAUGCCAACUGUGACUCCAAAACGCCUAAAUCCAAGAGAGAACUGCUGAACGAACUGGAUGUCUGGGAGCGCACACAGGGUGGGAAUGCGGCCGCGCCAAUGGAGACAGCCAAUUCGGUCAUGCGCAAAGACUUCGACUCGGCUGCAUGGUCCACGGAUCAUGACAGCGACUUCAAGCGAUUGAUUGCAAAUGCUCGCAAACGAAGCGAUGCGCUGGUUCGCACAACAAUUCCCCAAGCAUCUUCAGCAGAGCAAACCCCACCUGAUGCACAGGGUCAAGAGCAAUUGAUCCAGCCUUCGAUUGUGGAAGAAGAGGCACAGAAGCCGGAGCAAUUAGCCUUAGAUUCUGCGGGCAUCACCAAGGUUGCGGACAACGAAUUCCACGAAUCUCAAGAGCCUAGUGAUGUCCAGGUAACCGAUGCUCCGCGAUAG